AUGCUUGUGCGAGGCAUUGCGGCCGGGAUUGGUCUUGCAUCCGAGAGUUACCAGCAUCACAAAGAAAAGAAAUCUACGCAGACACGAGAGGUGAGAGACGACGAGAAUGAUAUAGCAGUGACAAGAGAGGGGCGUGAAUCGCAACAGGACGCUUGCAUAUCGCAACAAAUGGACGAGGCCGCAUGGGAAUUGGAUGAAGCACAAGAUGAUCAAGUUCCCGAAAACAGAUCCAGACCUGCGGCUGCCACCGAUGAGGACGUUACGGGUCUUGCUAAUUCAUUUCUCGUCGCGCAUGCUCGACCUCAUCCCUAUUCCUUGGGCCAGCUCGCUCUACCCGUCGUCAUCACUCAGCGACGCCCCGAGUCUCGUACCAAGGGCUUUAUUCGUGCCUAUUCUCCUCUUCUCGAAGAUGUAAACAUCGAUCAGGCGACUUUUCUCGACUUUCUCGGCAAUCUUAACAAAUCUCUUGCACCCAGUCCCUGGAUCCAAGCUAUCAACUUGGCCGCAUUCGCAGGGCAGAAGAUUCCCGAACCAUUCACAAUCAUGAUAUCGAUUGCUGUCAAGAAGGUAGCCGAUGCAGCCAGUGAGCUCCAAAGCCGCUCGAAAACCAAUCGCUUCCUCGACCAGGUCAAUGAAGACUUCUUUGCGCCCCGCGGCCUGGUCGCCCUGAUCAUGACGUGGAAACCCAGUCAGAAAGACGCCGUGUUGACUAGGGCCGAAUUCGACAUGCAGUCCUCGAUUGCCAAAGCCUCAGAUGCCAGGAAGUCGCGCCGUCUGUUCGAGAGCUCGAGUGGAGCGACAUCGUUUGAGUGGCCGCAAACGGCACCGCUUGUGUUUCCCGCUCUUGAUGAAUUGGAGGGUGAAAAGCAGGCUGCCGUCAAACGCAGUGGUAAAUACGUGGCCGAGUACAUGGAUAGAAGAGCGCGGGCAAAGUGGGCUGGAGAAAACCCCGAGAGCGCUUUGGCCAAUGCUACUAGCAAAGAGAAAUUCUCGUCGAGAUACGCAGAUCCAAAUCACCCGGCAAGUAGUGGAGACCCUAUUGCCUUGUUAACAGGCGGGUAA